CCGCCGGGCCCUUCCGCCCCACGCGCCCGGGCUGCAGUCCCUGCUUUGGACGCUGCAGACCCGUGCGAGGAGGGCAGCCGGCAGCUCUCUGCGUGCCCCUGGGUCGCGCCUGCCCCGACGAGGCGUCAGCUGCCGGCCUGGUGGCCUCUGAGCAGGGCAGGGCAGGGCUGAUGCGGCCCGCUCGUGAACCCACACAGAAGUGGGGCGGGCCUCACGCGGCCCCGCUUUCCUCCUGCGUGUUUUUGGGGUGGCAAACCCACUGCAAGGGCGAGGCGGAGUCGUGGGGGCGGGAGGGGCCGAGGCCGACGGGUCUGGCCGCUUCGCCGGGUGUCCCUCGGUGUGCAGGGGUGUUCACGGGCCCUUCCUUCUCCGCAUUCAUUGCCCCGGUUUGCUCCCGGCCCCUGCUCCCUUGCUCCUUCGCUUCGGGGGGGGGGCGCGGGGGCCCGCGGGUGUUCGGCCUCCUUCCGUGCCCGUUCCAAGAAGCGACGGCACUCUCCCUGGCCACGGGACGGGGCCCGGCAGAGAGCAGCCUUCGGCCCCCGGCCCAGCCCAGAGUCGAGGGAGGAGACGGCCCGCAGAGCCAGCGGACUCGUCUGCGGCCCUCGCGGGACCCUCCCGCCAGCCCUGCCCUGGGUUUAAACACCCGCUUCGCAUCUGCGGGGCGGUGGCUUCUCGCGCCAGUUUCCCCUUCCGCCGUUCUGCCCCGCUCCCGGCUCCACAAGGCGCGGAGAAGAGUCUGGUUCGGCGUCGGGAGGCGCAAAGCCUCGCACAUCUGGCAGCGGAAGGUGCCCAUGGAGGAGGAGGAGGAGGAAGUUCGCCGCUGGGAGGAGAGGCCGUCGCGGAAACUCCAGAGGAACCUGCUGAAAGGAGCCGCCACCGGGAUGCCACUCUUUGGAUUAAGGUCUGGCAAGAAGCAGCGCUUGAAAGAGCAAGAGAGGCACCUGCGGGCAAACGACCGAGCCUUCAACCUGCAGUUCAAUUACGCUAAAAACUCCAUUAAAACCUCCAAGUACAACUUCUUCACCUUCCUGCCUCUCAACUUAUUUGAGCAGUUCCAGCGGGUGGCCAACGCCUACUUCCUCUUCCUGCUCAUCUUGCAGCUCAUCCCUGAGAUUUCCUCUCUAUCCUGGUUCACCACGGUGGUACCCCUGAUCUUGGUGCUGACUGUGUCUGCGGCAAAGGAUGCCAUUGACGACGUGAAUCGUCAUGCAAGUGACAAGCAAGUCAACAAUCGUCCUGUCAAAGUGCUGAUCAAUGGCAGUUUGAAGGAUGACCGGUGGCUGAACGUUGAAGUUGGGGACAUAAUCAAGUUGGAAAACAAUAACUUUGUGACGGCAGACUUGUUGUUGCUGUCCAGCAGUGAGCCUCAUAGCCUGACAUACAUUGAGACAGCCGAACUGGAUGGGGAAACCAACCUUAAAGUGAAGCAGGCCCUGACAGUUACGGCAGAGCUGGGUGAGGAUCUGCCAGCUUUGAGCUGUUUUGAUGAUCUUUCCACUCUUUGCUUCUCUUCCAAGUGCUUUCCUGCUUCACUUCACUCCUCUGAGGGCCAAUGGGUAGUAGUCACAGGCGGUGCGCGAGCCUUUCUUGCGUCGUUCCAGCGGUGCAGUUCUUCUGAGGGUGAGAUCAGGUGUGAAGCACCAAAUAACAAGCUGGACAAAUUUAUGGGGACCCUCGCCUUUAAGGGGGAGAAGUACUCCUUGGACAAUGAGCGGAUGUUGCUGAGAGGCUGCACGAUCCGGAACACAGAGUGGUGUUUUGGGCUUGUCAUCUUUGCAGGGCCAGACACCAAGUUAAUGCAGAAUAGCGGAAGAACCGUUUUUAAAAGGACAAGCAUUGAUCGCCUGAUGAACUACUUGGUGUUGGUGAUCUUUGUGCUUUUGGCUGCCAUGUGUUUGAUCCUGGCCAUUGGCAACAGCAUUUGGGAAUACAGGCAGGGCUACAAGUUCCAGGUGUACCUGCCAUGGCCGCAGGACGUCCACUCUGCCACCUUCUCUGCAUUCCUCAUGUUCUGGUCGUACGUCAUCAUCCUCAACACGGUGGUGCCCAUCUCCCUUUAUGUUAGCGUAGAGAUAAUCCGUUUGGGCAACAGCUUCUACAUUGAGUGGGACCGCAAGAUGUACUAUGCUCCGAACGACACGCCCGCCCAGGCCCGAACCACCACCCUCAACGAGGAGCUGGGCCAGAUCAAGUACGUCUUCUCAGACAAGACGGGGACCCUCACCCGCAACAUCAUGAUCUUCAACAAGUGCUGCAUCAACGGGAAGAUCUACGGGGACAUCUACGACUCGGAGGGACAACGGGUGGAGGUCACUGAGAACACAGAGAAAGUUGAUUUCUCCUACAACCCACUAGCUGACCCCAAGUUCACAUUCUAUGACCACAGCCUGGUUGAAGCGGUGAAGGUGGGUGAUGUCCCCACCCACAUGUUUUUCCGCAUCCUUUCUCUGUGCCACACGGUGAUGCCGGAAGAGAAGAAGAAAGGAGAGCUGUUCUACCAGGCUCAGUCUCCAGACGAGGGAGCCCUCGUCACGGCUGCCCGGAACGUUGGCUUUGUCUUUCGUGCCCGGACCCCGGAGACCAUAACCGUGGUGGAGAUGGGGGAGGAGCUGGUCUACCAGCUGCUUGCCAUCCUGGAUUUCAACAAUGUGCGCAAGAGGAUGUCUGUCAUUGUGCGGAGCCCAAAGGGUAAACUGACCCUGUACUGCAAGGGUGCGGACACGAUCCUGUAUGAGCUCCUUCAUUCUUCCUGUGGACCACUCAAGGAAGAGACCAGGGAGUACUUGGAAGAGUUUGCCGGGGAAGGGUUGCGGACUUUGGUUGUAGCCUACAAAGACCUGGAGCAAAGCUACUUCGAGGAGUGGCAGAGGCGUCACCACGAGGCAAGCACAGCCCUGCAUGAGCGAGAUGAGAAGCUGUCUGAACUGUAUGAAGAAAUUGAGAGAGGCUUGAUGUUACUUGGUGCCACAGCUGUUGAGGACAAGCUGCAAGACGGCGUCCCCCAGACCAUUGAGAUCUUGGGGAAAGCGCAGAUUAAAAUCUGGGUGCUCACUGGAGACAAGCAAGAGACUGCCGUGAACAUUGCCUACUCCUGCAACAUGCUCUACGACAGCAUGAAGGACAUCUUCAUCAUCCAUGGCGACACCUCAGAGGAAGUGCGGCAGGAACUCAGGAAUGCAAGGAAGAAGAUGCAGCCUGACGCCUUUGGGGAGGACGAUGAGCUUGACACCCAUGUCAAAAAACCUGGGAAAUCAAAGGUCUUGCCUGAUGAGCAGCCCAACGGGGAGUACGGCCUGGUUAUUAACGGGCACAGCUUGGCCUACGCCCUAGAGGGGGAGCUGGAGCAAGAGCUGGUGAAGACGGCCUGCCUGUGCAAGGUGGUGAUCUGCUGCCGGGUGACCCCCCUGCAGAAAGCCCAAGUGGUGGAGCUGGUGAAGACGUACAAGAACGCGGUGACCCUGGCCAUCGGGGAUGGCGCCAACGAUGUCAGCAUGAUCAAGACUGCCCAUAUCGGAGUCGGCAUCAGUGGUCAGGAGGGGAUGCAGGCUGUGCUGUCCAGCGACUUCUCCUUUGCACAGUUCCGCUACCUCCAGCGGCUGCUCCUGGUCCACGGCCGGUGGUCGUACAUCCGCAUGUGCAAGUUCCUGGCCUACUUCUUCUACAAGAACUUUGCUUUCACGCUGGUGCAUUUCUGGUACGGCUUCUUCUCUGGCUUCUCUGCACAGACAGUCUAUGAUGAGUGGUUCAUCACUCUUUACAACAUGGUGUACACCUCCUUACCUGUGCUGGGAAUGAGCCUCUUCGACCAGGACGUGGACGAGAAGUGGAGCUUGCAGUUCCCCCAGCUCUACGCGCCUGGCCAGCAGAACCGCUACUUCAACAAGAGGGAGUUUGCCAAGUGCAUGCUGUACAGCGUGUACAGCUCCCUGGUGCUCUUCUUCGUGCCCUGCGGGACCUUGUUCAACUCCCUGCGCAGCGACGGGAAGGCCAUCGCUGACUACCAGUCCUUUGCCCUCACGGCUCAGACCUGCCUGCUCAUUGUGGUCUCCGUGCAGAUGGGCCUGGACACUGCCUACUGGACAGCUGUGAACCAGCUCUUCAUCUGGGGCAGCCUGGCCAUGUACUUUGCCAUCACCUUCACCAUGUACAGCAACGGCACAUACCUGAUCUUCACGGCUUCCUUCCCUUUUGUAGGCUCAGCUCGGAACACCUUGAACCAGCCGACCGUCUGGCUCUCAGUCUUCCUCUGUGUCAUCCUCUGCGUCCUGCCGGUGGUCGGCUUCCGGUUCCUGAAGAUGCAGCUCAAGCCGACCAUCAGUGACAAGGUUUUGCGACUGGUGAGGGAGCUGCAGAAGGGGCGCCCAGCCCCGGUCCUCAAGCGGCCCUUGCAGCGCAGAGCGUCGCGGCGCUCCGGCUACGCCUUCUCCCACCAGCACGGCUUCGGGGCGCUCAUCACCUCCGGACUCAUCAACAUGCACCCCAGGGUCCCCUUCGGCCUCUCCAGGUCGUUCUCCCCCAACAGCGAGAAGUACCAGCUGGAGUGAUGCGCCGGAGCGGGAGGAUGCGUGGCCUCGGCCCUGGGCGACAAACUACUUGGGGGGGUGGAGGCCCCUCUUUUCCUGCUGCCCGUGAACCCAAGUGAGCGCCCCGGGAGGAGAGCAGAGCCCCAUGGAGGAGGAGUCGCCACACGCAUCGACAGCGCCCUUGGGGGGCAGGACCUCCCCGUCCGCACGUGAUCUACUGGAUCCAGGCAGCACGGCCAGAUCCGCCAGCCGUCCUGUGCCUCCGCGAUCUGUCCAGGGCCUUCUCCCCCACCCUGAAGCCAGAGGGGGAGGGGUUUAAGGCCACCGAAGGGGGGCAUUUCCAGAGGCGCAAGUGCCGUGGGGUGUGUGGCUCGGCCCCAGAGAAUCCCGCGAGGGAGUCCGCCAUCAUCGCAGCACAGCCACGCCCCCCCCGUGGUCUUUGGGAGCUGAGUCCCCACCCAGCCUGCCCGUCAAGCCUUCGCUCCCGGGGCUGAUGGUCCAUAUGCCCUUAUCCCGUCGGGGAGACUCGCCCGCCUGCUUCCUGCUCGGGUGCGAGUGCGGCUCCCCGCGUCUGCGCCACGCUUCCCAAAGCCCCCCCUGUCCAUUUUGGCUUGGGGGACCUGCAAGCGGGAUAAGGCCGGCCUGGCUAGGCGGACAGUAAGGCGCUUGGACCCUCCGCGCACCUUGGCUCCCCAGGCGGGGGGGGGCAGGGAAAAAAAGCCCCCAAAGACUUUGAUCUUCCUUUUGUACGACCACCCUUUUUAAUAAAAACGCCGGCAAAGGGACUCUCCGCCGCCUCUUUCUCUCUGCUUCCCACCGCGGGGUGGUGGUGGCGGUGCAACCCCCAACAGUCCCGGCAAGGCGGCCGCUGGCAAGUAGGUGCUGCCGGACCCCUCUGAACCGGGCGGGGGCGCUGAUUCGAGGGCAACGCGCGGGCUUGACUCGGCUCGGCAUCCGCUGAGACGGCCCGGCCGGUGCACGGUGGGAGUGGCGGCCCGGACCCGCCAUGCCCGCCCCACAGAGCCCCUGUUCCUAUGAGAGCGAGGUUUGGGGUGUGCUUCACCCCUCCACCAGCCGGCCGUUUUCCAAGCCCGA